UUUUUUUUUGCAGCAGGCGUGUUUGAUGUACGAAAACUAGUAGGAGUAAUACUGAAGUUGUCUAGUAUCACGUUUCAAAUAUGGCUUCUUUUUUUAAGAACAGUAUUGGUGUUUUGUGUCGUAACUAUCCCCUAGUCGUAUCUUUAAAGUUUGAAAGGCUGCGAAGUAGUAGUGCAGUAGUAGGAGUAAUACUGAAGUUGUCUAGUAUCACGUUUCAAAUAUGGCUUCUUUUUUUAAGAACAGUAUUGGUGUUUUGUGUCGUAACUAUCCCCUAGUCGUAUCUUUAAAGUUUGAAAGGCUGCGAAGUAGUAGUGCAGUAUUUCCCCAAGGAAUGCAGAAAGGAAAAGUCGCUAUUGUCACGGCUGCUACCAGUGGGAUUGGUUUAGCAAUUGCCAGACGUCUUGCAAAGGAAGGAGCUAAUGUGGUAAUAAGCAGUCGAAAACAAGAAAAUGUAACAAGAGCUCUUGCAGAGCUGAAGUCUGAAGGACUAAACAUUUCAGGAUGCGUCUGUCAUGUAGGAAAUGAGGAACAUCAAGACUUGUUGGUCAAUAUGACUCUAGAGCAGCAUGGUGCAAUUGACAUUCUGGUGUCUAAUGCAGCAGUGAAUCCAUUUGUAGGUAAAAUAGUGGACUGCAGUAAGGAAAUGUGGCAAAAGAUAUUUGAUCUAAAUGUGACUGCAAGCUUCUUACUACCAAAGCAUGUCGUCCCGCACAUGGAGAAACAGGGAGGUGGCUCUAUAGUGCUUGUAUCUUCUACUGCUGGUUACCACCCUAUUCCAACCAUUGCUAUAUGCAAGUUUUCAGUCAGCAAGACUGCCCUUCUUGGGCUAACAAGAACUCUGGCUCUUGAACUUGGUCCUAUGAACAUUCGUGUGAACUGCAUGACCCCUGGCCUUACCAGAACUAGAUUCAGCACAAUUUUGCAGCAGAGUCCAGGGCUGAACCGAAUGUUAACUGAAAACUUGCAUAUAGCAAGAAUUGGGCUACCAGAGGAGUGUGCAGGUGCUGUGAAUUUUCUUUGCUCUUCAGAUGCUUCAGAAAAGUUCCCAAGAAUGCCAGUCAAGUGGCAUGUAAUCUCAGAAUUGUUCUAG